AGAGAAAGCCGAGCCGAGCAGAGCAGAGCAGAGGAGCCUUUCUCACUCUCUCUCUAAUAAAAAGUUGGAUUGAGAAAUGCUGUUUGCUUUAGAUGAAGUCCAUCGCUUCCAAGGCAAGCAAGAAAAGCUGAAUUGAUUUCAUUACCCUACAAAAAAAGAAGGAAAGCUCAGAUAUCUCUCUCUCUAGUCUCUAUCUCUUACUCAAGUACUCGCUGCGUCUCUCAGAUCCGAUAAGAUCAGCUCGCGCAUUGCUUCGUUUGGUUCGCGCAAUGCUCCUCCGAUUCUGACUACAGCGAAAGUAUAGGCGAGUUUGCUUUCCUGCAUUUGCUUUUGAGCAAAGAAGCCUAAAACCCUUGCUCAGAGGUUGAAAGUGUUGGCCGGUUGAUGCUGAGGUGGAAUUUGUUCUCAUAGCGCUGAAGGAUUAGUGUCCAGUGGUAAUGGCAUCGAAGCAUGGAUCGCGAGCAAAAAAAUUAGGUUCGGGCAGCUCAAGAGCCGCAAAUUCUCCUUCAUCUUCAACUACAUCUUCUUCGAAACAAUAUUUGGAAACAUCUAUUGAAGGUCAGAGCUCUCCUGCAUCUUCUUCGGCUCGAAGUAAGCCACAGUACUUUUACUCAGAAAGUGUGCCGCAAGAUGCGGAAAGGUCCAAGGAAAAUGUCACGGUGACGGUCCGCUUUCGUCCACUCAGUCCGCGGGAAAUUCGCCAAGGAGAAGAAAUUGCAUGGUAUGCAGAUGGAGACACUAUUCUGCGGAAUGAGCAUAAUCCAUCAAUAGCUUAUGCAUACGAUCGGGUAUUCGGCCCUACAACCACAACACGCCAUGUCUAUGAUGUUGCUGCUCAGCAUGUUGUUAGUGGCGCCAUGGAAGGAGUCAACGGUACAAUUUUCGCGUAUGGGGUCACCAGCAGCGGAAAGACCCACACAAUGCAUGGUGAUCAAAGGUCGCCUGGAAUUAUACCACUGGCUGUGAAAGAUGCGUUUAGCAUCAUCCAAGAGACUCCAAACCGAGAGUAUCUUCUUCGUGUGUCAUAUUUGGAGAUCUAUAAUGAGGUUGUUAAUGACUUGUUGAAUCCAGCAGGACAGAAUUUACGAAUUAGAGAGGAUGCCCAGGGCACCUUUGUUGAAGGAAUAAAGGAAGAAGUGGUACUAUCCCCAGCUCAUGCCCUGUCACUUAUAGCAGCUGGAGAAGAGCACAGGCAUGUUGGAUCAACAAAUUUCAAUUUACUCAGUAGCAGGAGCCAUACUAUAUUUACACUGACAAUAGAGAGUAGCCCGUGCGGGGAAAAUAGUGAAGGUGAAGCUGUAAAUCUAUCGCAGUUGAACCUCAUUGAUCUUGCUGGUUCUGAGAGCUCAAAAGCUGAAACUACUGGUGUUAGACGAAAAGAAGGAUCCUAUAUAAAUAAGAGUCUGCUAACUCUAGGAACUGUUAUAUCAAAGUUGACGGAUGGGAGGGCUACUCAUAUACCAUACAGGGAUUCUAAAUUGACCCGACUUCUUCAAUCUUCAUUAAGCGGUCAAGGGCGUGUCUCUCUCAUCUGCACUGUAACUCCUUCAUCAAGCAAUUCUGAAGAGACUCAUAAUACAUUGAAGUUUGCACACCGAGCAAAGCAUAUUGAAAUUCAAGCAUCACAAAAUAAGAUUAUUGAUGAGAAGUCACUUAUCAAGAAAUAUCAAAAUGAGAUUCGGAAUUUAAAGGAAGAGUUAGAACAGUUGAAGAAGGGUAUAGUUACAGUUCCUCAACUAAAAGAGGCUGGCGAAAAUGAUAUUCUGCUUUUAAAACAAAAGUUAGAAGAUGGCAAAUCCAAACUACAAUCAAGAUUGGAACAAGAGGAAGAAGCCAAAGCUGCUUUGUUAGGAAGAAUCCAAAGGUUGACAAAGUUGAUUUUGGUCUCCACAAAAGCAACACAGCCAUCAAGGUUUCCUCACCGACCUAGUCUUAGAAGACGACAUUCCUUUGGGGAAGAGGAGCUUGCAUAUCUACCAUACAAAAGGAGGGACUUGAUUUUAGAGGAUGAGAACAUUGACUUGUUUGUUCCUCCUCUUGAGGGGAAUACUGAAACUACUGAUGAUACACUGAAGGACGAGAAGAAGACUCGGAAGCAUGGACUGUUAAACUGGUUAAAGCUACGGAAACGUGAUAGUGGUGGUGGGACAUUGACAAGCACUAGUGAUAAAUCGAGUGGAAUGAAAUCUACUAGUACACCAUCAACACCUCAAGCAGAAAACAGUAAUUUUCAUGCAGAAUCGAGGCUUUCCCAUUCUGUACUUACAGAGAGCUCUCCAUCUGCUGAUCUUUUAACUGAUGCUAUAGAGGAUACAGUGGUUCCUCAGGAUAAAUUCGUGGGACAAGAGACACCUAUGACCAGCAUAAAAUCAGUUGAUCAGAUCGAUCUAUUAAGAGAGCAGCAAAAAAUCUUGUCUGGAGAGGUAGCACUCCAUUCAAGCGCACUGAAGCGGCUGUCUGAGGAGGUGGCAAGAAACCCCCAGGACGGAUCAAAUCUGGAGAUGCAGAAGUUAAAAGAUGAAAUCAAGGCGAAGAAUGAACAAAUAGCUCUGCUGGAAAAGAAAAUUGCCGAUUUGUUGAUUGUUUCACCCACCAAAUUGGAUCAAAUGGAAAUAUCCCAAUCUAUUGCUGAAGUGGUGGCUCAAUUGAAUGAGAAGUCCUUCGAACUCGAGGUUAAAGCUGCUGAUAAUCGUAUAAUUCAAGAGCAGCUAGAACAAAAGAUCCACGAAUGCAAAGAAUUGCAGGAAACAGUUGCCUCCAUGAAGCAGCAGCUCUCUGAGGCACUGGAGUUCAGAAAUUUGAGUCUAAUAAUUGGUUCACAAACUGACUCAAGAAGCUUGCAUGAGCAUGAGGAAGAGAAUGGAGUGUUGAAUCACACAAAUGAAAUUUUCCUUACAGAUAAGCAGGCGCUUGAGAUUGAGGAAUUGAAGCAGAAGGUGGCUGAAAUGGCGGAGUCAAAAGAACAGUUAGAACUUCGGAACCAGAAACUGGUGGAGGAAAGUUCAUAUGCCAAAGGCUUGGCCUCAGCUGCUGCUGUUGAGCUCAAGGCAUUAUCAGAGGAAGUUUCCAAACUGAUGAACCAUAAUGAGAGGCUAGCUGCCGAGCUGGCCGCAUCUAAGAAUUCCCCCAACCAGCGUCGAAGUGGUAGCACACUCCGGAAUGGUCGAAGAGAGACUCACAUCAAACAGAAUGACCACAGUGGGCCAGUCUCAGAAAUGAAGAGAGAACUGGCCAUGAGUAAGGAGAGAGAGCUUUCCUAUGAGGCCGCUCUAACGGAGAAGGAUAAAAGAGAGGCUGAGCUUCAAAGAAGAGUCGAGGAAUCCAAGCAAAGAGAAGCAUACUUGGAAAACGAACUCGCUAACAUGUGGGUUCUUGUGGCAAAGUUGAAAAAAUCUCAUGGAGCUGAAAGUAAUGAUGCUUCUGAUUCAACAAGAGAGACUAGACUAACUAAUGGCUUGGGGGGAUGGUAGUUGGGGUUGAACAGGAAUAAACCUUCAGGUGAGAUUGGUUUGUGAGAGAGGUGUAAAGAUGUGUGUUUUGUCUUGCGAUGGUUCUUGUUUGUGUAUAAUACAAAAUUAGGCUCCUCUUUUCCUUCUGGGGAACGCUUUCUUGUUUGUUUAUAAUCAAUUAGGAUUUUUUUUUCUUUCUUUUUUCAGAGCUAUUCAGAUGUGUUCUCCAACUCAUUCU